AUGCACAUAUUCCCCAAAAAUGAAAAAGUUAGGGCUCAAUGGGUGAGGUUUGUGCGGACUCACAGGCCGGAUUGGGAGCCCACCGAAUACAGUUAUCUGUGCUCAUUGCACUUUAACGAGAGUUGUUUCACCCGCCUGAGGUUAAGCACCCUAAUGCCUGCCGAAACAAGCGAGGAAAACGGCGAGAGCUCCGGACCAAGCAACAAGCGAUUUCAGGAAAAACGUGUGUUAAGCAAAGGAUCGGUGCCGACAAUUCACUGCGCCAAUAAAGCGCCAGAGAGGAAAGAACCAAGCGACCGCGAUCGAAGGAGAUCGAACGCGGUAAGUGUCCAAUCCAGUUAUUGUGUUUUCAAUUUUCACAACAAGCCUGUUAUGUUUGUCUUUGGUAGUUUCAGUGGUAGUUUUUGAGAAAAGCAAAGAUCAAAAAUAACGAAAUAUUUGAUCAACUGAAGUGUAUUUUUAUCGAAAUCAUCGGGGAAAUCCUCAACAACUCGGCCGGACUGAGGUGCUAAAAAAUUACGAGUAAGACGAAACAAAAGGCCUUUCAGUGAUCACUCGAACGUUCUUUGCAAUGCCUAGCAUUUGGAAGUGCUUUUACAAAGAGUAAUAUCUCCACUAAACUUGCUCCUUAAUUAUAAACAAUUGCAGCAUUUGCGGGAAAUCGAGCGGGAAACCGAGCGUAAAGUGGAGCGCCAGGGGGCAGCAACUACAGUGCAAUCAUGCGAGGACCGUGAAGACGAGGAGGGAGAAUUCAGCUACGAUGGUGACUUGUCGGACUUGUCCGACCAAGACGACGUGCUUUCUUUUAGUCUUGACACCGAGGGGAGCGUGGCCUGCAAUAGAGCUACCCAGGCAAAGCCUAAAAUGAGAUCCAGACAGUCACAGACUACACUUGGAGAGUGCCGAAAGUGCGCUGAGCGGAAAAUGCAAGUAAGAGUCCUGCAGAAGCGAAACGGGAAAUUACGCUCUCAGAAGAAAAAAUGGAAAGAACAAGCCACACUAAUAAAUGUAAGUGCUAUUUUUUAUUUCUUAUUCCUGGUACGUAAGAUAGAAAGUAAUUCUCAAAUACCCCUCCCCAACCACCAAGUCAUCCUCUCGUGCAAAACUGCAGUACCAUGUGGAGGGUUUUUAUCUUUUAUUCAAAAGGUUUUUUUUAGUGACAGUUUUCUUUAUCACAAUUAUGUGAUAGUAUGACUCAAGCAGCAGUAAAGAAGAAUUAGAAGAGGAAGGAGAGGAAGAAGAGGACAUGGAGGAGGUAGAGACAGAAGUGGAAAAUAUGGAAUGUUUGGAAGACCCUGGACUGGAGGAUACAGAGAAUUUAACAGAUGAAAAGGAAGACGAUCCAGACUGGCAUUGUCAGAUGGAGGAUAAGGGAGAUGAUGAUAUUGACGCCGACGAUGAAGAGACGGAAAGUACACCGAUGAACAAUAUCAGGCAAGAUGUUAUGAUUUUUAUUGGUCAUUUGGUACUCAUCCUUCCUUUUUCGUGCUCAAGAAGCUAUAGCUUGUUUCAUAAUUCCAUAUCCCUUGCUCUUACAUUUAACAAUUAUUAUUACUGCCUAAUUUAUUGCAGUAUUUGUAUUUUUAUAACAUCCAAAAGUAAAUUCUGCAAAAUACUGGUCAAUAAUUUCAGGGCUGUUGCUAAGGAAAAGUCACCCUCCUGUAGGUCAACUCACAUGAUACUUUUUUGGGUGGAAAUGUACAGAGAGGACUGCCGAGAGCCUAAAGUUGGCCUAAUUAGUUAAUCACUCCUUUUUUGUUUAAAUGGCUCAAUUUGCAAACUGUUUCAAAUUAUUUGAAAUUACAAAUGCCAAGUGCUAAUCCCUAUAACCAGUUAAUUCUUCAGUCUCCUUUGCAGCUGGCAUGUGUUUUUUGCUAAACUCUCCUGAGCAUUGCAUGAUUAAAUUUUGGCAGCUGUAAAAUAUUGUAGACUAGAAAAUUAAUUAACACGGCCUAUAUUUGGAUUAUAUUUUGUAGUGUUGACGAAGACAUCCCUUGCCAGAAGGAACCCAAAUUUAUUGUGUUCUAUACAAGGCUACUGGCUAUAUUCUCGAUUUUUUGUUUUAAAUGCAAGAGUGAAGGGCCAGACGUCACCAUGAAAAAGAAUGGCACCAUGGUAACAGUGAUGCAGAAUUGCAGAAAUUGUGGUCCUAACUCAUUUCUGUGGAGGUCACAGCCAAUGGUGCUUGGGCGAUACCCAGCAGGGAAUAUCCUGCUAAGCUUUGGAAUUCUAAUGGCAGGGGCAACUGUUAGUAAAGUGCUCCUGGUUCUAAAACACAUGGGCAUUUCUGUAUACAAUGCACGUACUUACUUUGUCCACCAGAGCAAGUUUUUAUUCCCAGCCAUUCUGACCUACUGGGAACGAUACAGGUCCAAACUGGUGAAUCAGAUUAAAGAAAAGGGAGAGGCAAUUUGGUGCGGAGAUGGCAGAUUUGACUCCAUGGGACACUCUGCAAAAUAUGGAGCGUACACAAUGUUCUGUUGUGCAGUUGCUAAGAUUGUACAUUUUGAGCUGGUUCAGGUAUAUUUUCAUCUAUAUCUACAAAUAUAGAUAAGAAAAACAACCAACCUGUCUUCCUGGCCCCUAUAAAAAUAAAAAUCUGGUAUUUCUUGACACCUAGAUCCAUGUGUGACGGACCACAUAAGACUCGUUAAUAGCCUGAUUAAAACUUUUGCUGAAUGGGAAAAUCUGCCACUACUACACAAAAAUUGUAGGAAAUAUUAUCUUUGAGUGAUAAAUGUAUAUUUUUUUAAUGUUAGGCAAACCAAGUAAAGAGCAGCAGUGACAUGGAGUUAAAGGGUGCCCAAGACAGUUUUGCCUUCCUAAAAGCAGCAGGGUUAAAAAUUCAUGUGUUCAUAUCAGACAGGCACCGUUCAAUUGCCAAAUGGAUUAGGGAGCAUGAGCCAGCAACCAGACACUUUUUUGAUAUCUGGCAUGUUGCCAAAUCAGUAACAAAGAAGUUACUUCAAGUUGGAAAAGAAAGUGGCUGUGAACUCCUUGUGAAGUGGCAAAAGGCCAUAAAGAAUCAUUUGCAUUGGUGUGCUACUUCCACCAAGCUUGGAUUUGGUGAGCUGAUUUUAGCAAAGUGGAAGUCCAUUAUUAGGCAUGUUUGUAAUAAACAUACUCAACACCCUGAGCCUCUGUUUAAACAGUGUGUCCAUGGACCUCUAUCAAGACGAUAUUGGCUAAAAAAAGGUGAGUUUUUGUUGGAACACAUUUUCAAGCAGUUCCAACCACCAGUUAAUUUAACUCUUUAAAGCUGGUAAUAUGUAUCACCUGUGUCAGUUCAGUUUAUUUCAACAAGGUGGUUUAUAAAUGUGUUUUAAAGGUGUUUUAGUUUGAAAAUGCUCCCUACCCCUCUUAGAGUCCAAGUCUAGGUCUUGAAUUGCUUUUUUAAUCCUUGGCUUUAGAGGAUUCUUUUUAUGUUUAGAAUUUUUGAUGACCUGUUUGUAAAGGGUGUAAAAAAUUUCCUGAAACAAAAAUUAAUAAUACAUGUCAGAAGCAACCUUUUUGUCUAAAAAAAAAAGAGAAACUAAUGUAUUGGUUAAUGUAUUUCAGGCACAAAUGUCUAUAACAAGAUGAAACAAAUUUUGAUGAAUACAAGGCUCCUUAAUGAUAUAAAAAAAAGUUGUCUAGUGAGGACCAAACAAGUUGCUUGGAGGGUUUUCACUCUACGCUGA